GGAAUUGCUAGAAGAAAGGAACGUCCAGGAACACAAAUCAAAAUUCGCUCUUGUCCUCUUCAAUAAAAUAUCUAAACCUCUGAAAAACCUCUCUCAGGACAAAACACAAACAUAGAGGGAGCAAUCUACUGCACUUAAUUAUGGCUUCUUCACUAUCUGUAGAUAUAGCCACAACUUUCUUCUCCUUCACUUCUCGUCACCAGACCCCGAUUUCCAGAAUCCGAACUGCUGUCCUCCCUCUUUUAUUGAAACCCAAACAAUCCUUAUCUCUCAGAACCACACCGUUUUCUCACUCCCCAAGAAUCCUCUCCAAACCUAAUACUUUCAAUCUCCAUCGAAGAUUCUCUGUCUCCGCCGCUUCCUCCUCCACCACUGCCGCUCCUCAGAGUGAGGAUUCUGACUUGACCACUAAAAUUCCUCCUGAUAAUCGGAUUCCUGCUACCAUAAUUACUGGGUUUUUGGGGUCUGGAAAGACAACGUUACUUAAUCAUAUCUUGACAGCAGACCACGGGAAGCGCAUUGCAGUGAUUGAGAAUGAGUAUGGUGAAGUUGACAUUGAUGGUUCUCUAGUUGCUGCAAAAACUACUGGAGCUGAGGAUAUUAUUAUGUUGAAUAAUGGUUGUCUGUGCUGUACAGUGAGGGGGGAUCUUGUGAGGAUGAUCGGAGAAUUGGUUGAUAAAAAGAGAGGGAAUUUUGAUCAUAUUGUAAUAGAGACUACAGGGCUUGCAAAUCCAGCACCUAUCAUUCAAACUUUUUAUGCUGAGGAUAAGAUUUUUAAUGAUGUCAAAUUGGAUGGUGUCGUAACUUUGGUUGAUGCUAAACAUGCCACUUUUCAUCUGGAUGAGGUUAAGCCAAAGGGAGUCGUCAACGAGGCUAUGGAGCAAAUUGCUUAUGCUGACCGGGUUAUAGUAAAUAAGACUGAUCUUGUUGGUGAGAAAGAAAUUGCUUCUUUGGUUCAGCGGAUAAGGAAUAUCAACCGCAUGGCUCAUAUGAAAAGGACACAGUUUGGACAAGUUGACCUGGAUUACGUCCUUGGUAUUGGGGGCUUUGAUUUAGAGAGGAUUGAUAGUGCUGUAGAUGCAGAAGGUGGAAAGGAAGAUCAUGCUAGUCAUGACCAUGACCAUGGCCAUGACCACCAUCUCCAUCAUCAUGAUGAACAUGACCAUCAUCAUGAUCAUCAUGAUGGUCAACAUUCCCAUGAUCAUACUCACGAUCCUGGUGUUUCUUCUGUCAGCAUAGUAUGUGAAGGGAUCUUAGAUUUAGAGAAGGCUAACAUGUGGCUUGGUAAUCUGUUGCUGGAUCGUAGCGAGGACAUAUAUCGGAUGAAAGGUCUUUUGUGUGUUCAAGGCAUGGAUGAGAGAUUUGUAUUUCAGGGUGUUCACGACAUAUUCCAAGGCUCACCAGAUCGGCUGUGGGGCCCAGAUGAACCUAGAAUAAACAAGAUUGUAUUCAUAGGGAAGAACUUGGAGGCACAAGAAAUCGAGAAGGGCUUCAAAGCCUGUUUGCUGUGAUUGCUGAACUGAAGGCUUAAUUGUGGUCCAAUUUUUGCUAAUGUGAAGAGGUUCUGGUAGUUGAUGUCUAAUCAAGCGAACAUGGAUUUGUAAAUGAUAUUUUACAUAGAACAAACACACUCUAUAAAUUAUAAUCAAGUAGUCUAUUUAGUUGCUCAAAA